CUAGACACUGAUGCCGAAUCUCUUACCCUGAGAGCUGCGACUUCACCGGACAUGUCGAAUCCCUUCACAAAUCCAAUAGGAUUGGGGCUCGCCUACCUCCGCCAGAAUCUCUUAUCUUCUGUGCUUGGGUGUUUGCUCUGCUAUUUGGUGAGUCUCGUUAUAUCGAGGCUGUUCUUCCAUCCGUUAUGUGGAAUCCCUGGUCCAAAGUUGGCCAGUCUGAGCGAGUGGUAUAGCUUUUAUUACAACUUUAUAGUUGAUGGACAGUACAGCAAAUCAUUUGAAGCCUUGCACCGCAAGUACAAAUCACCUGUGAUCAGGAUUGGUCCCAAUGCCGUUCAUGUGAAUGACCCCCAGUUCUACGAAGAAGUAUUUGGUAUCAAGACCAACUACUAUAAAGAACCGGCAUUUUAUCAGGCCCUGGGUGCUGAAGGAGCGCUGGCAUCAAUUCUGGAUCCUCACGAACACCGACUGUAUCGAAAUCAUCUCCGCCCAUUGUUCUCGGCGCGUUCUACUGCGUUGGUCACUCCGCAGCUCGAAAUAGAACUUCAAAAGGCAGCUGCAAUUCUAAAUACUCACCGGCAAGAGAAUACACCUCUCAACAUCCAGCAGCUAUUCCGUGCAUUCACCGUGAGUGUCCCGAAGUCUCUAUCAUUGAACGUUACAACGCUGACAGCCAGUAGUCGGAUAUUCAAUUCAUUCCCAGUCGUCCAAUUUCCAUGUAUCAAGUCAAUCCAGUUUUAUCUGCCAUUCGACUGGGGCGAACGGCUCACACCAGAGUUUACUGCUUUCAAACAAAAAUGCGACACAUGGAUUAAGAAAGCUCACGCACGACGAGAUGCAGGUGUAGCAUUAGAGCGCAAAACUCUGUUUGACUACUAUCUAGAGCUGGAUGGCAACCCAGAGCAAGUGAUUCGAACAGUCCCUCAGCCAAUGGAAGAUUCUUUCAACUUCCUCACUGCCGGCACCGAGUCAACGGCAUACAGUCUGUCAUGUACGACCUUUUAUAUCCUCAGAAAUCCCGAAGUGCUGAAAAAGCUACGAGAGGAGCUCAACGCCUCGGUCGAAUUUAUACGUGACUCUUUUGAUCCGAAAAGAAUACAGGCACUUCCCUAUCUGACGGCCGUCAUAAAAGAAACGAUGCGCCUCUCUACGGCAGUGCCUGGAAGUCUCCCUCGGGUCACGCCACCUGGAGGAGCAACAGUGGGCUCGUUUUACAUUCCAGCUGGGACUGUGGUGUCUGUCAGUCACCUCAGCGUGACGCAGAAUGAGACCAUAUUCCCCGAGGCAAGCAAAUUCAGACCCGAGCGAUGGCUUGGUGAGGGGUCGAAAGCACUUGACAAAUGGCAUGUAGGCUUUAGCAAAGGGCCUAGACGCUGCAUUGGAAUGAAUGCUGACCGGCAUUCCAGCCUUGCUUACCUGGAGUUAUUCUGCGCCAUUGCCUAUUUGUUUGCGCGAUUUGACAUGGUGCUUCAUGAGACGGACGAGAAGAGCAUGGAAUGGGUCGAUCGUAUCAGCGCUCGGAAUCACUCGGACGUCCAGAUCAAAGUCCUGACUGAUUUAUGGGCAGCCUAG